CUUGAUCGUCAAGCGUUCGUGGAGUCUAGAUUUGGUUCACAGAAGCUCUGUUAAGUACGCUGUCGAGUAGUAUCGCUUGCUCGCUCAACAAGAAAGGUGCAAUGUUGAAGUUCGUCGUCCUCGCUGCCUUGGUGGCCGUCUGCGCGGCGCAAGUACCGGUGAAAUGUGAUUCACCAAAACAAUGGGAAGCAAGAAGAUACAGGAUGGACCGCACGAAGCAGUACGCGGAGUUGGCCUACCACAGCUAUGACGCAAUCUACAUGCGCACGCGCAGUGUAGAGGAAGUCGAUCAGGGCACCGAGAGGGACUACUAUGACAGGCUUCACCUGCACAACGUGGGUGUCGAAUACGUCCUCAACCUGCGCACAAAGAAAUGCAACAUCACCAGAAACUCGGAUCCAUUCCGCACAAUCGGAAUCCCCCCGGACGCUCGCUUCGUGUUCGAGGCCACGAUCGGUGCUGCUGGAAUCCCUUCCGAGUACCUGAUCGCCACAACCUGGGAGGGUAGCUUCCCUGACGGAGCACAAUAUGCCGUUACCGUCGCUGAGCCCGAUUGCAUUCCAAUCGGCUUCGAUGUUGCCAACAACAAGACGUCAGAAACAUUUCACGAAAGGUACUUCGACCUUCACCUUGGCAUUGCCGACCCAGAGGUGUUCAUUCCGCCUCAGGAGUGUUUACAGCAACAUUAGAUACACGAUUAACAGUAUUAACCAAUUACCUAUUCAUUGAUGUGUAGUCGUAAUAAAAUAGUGUUUUCCA